AAGAAAUGAAUAGCUGCUAUUCAGAUAUGUUAGGCGAUUUACUAAACGCUAAUGAAGUCCCGUGCGUGGAAAAUGCCGAAAUGGGGAGCACUGCUAUAACAAUCUACUUAAAGGCUAUUGAGAAGUAUUGCGGAAGAUUCGUAUCGGUUGAUAAUCGAACGUUAACUUAUCAAAAACGAAAUUUAUAUGAGGUUUUAUUAAAGCAUCCUCACGAGAAUGCGACAGUGAGGAGUGGAAGGCCUGUUAUUUUACUAGAAGCGGGCCAGCAAGCGGGUAUAGAGUCUGUCAACUUUGCACUGUUUGUCAUUGAACAGCUGGUUGCUUGCAAAGAGAAUCUUUACAUGUUGAAAAACGCUCGAUGGGUUAUACUCCCCAGUACUAAUCCAGACGGUAGAGAAUUCACCAGAUACACGCCAGGAAAUUGGCAGAAGAAUUUAAGAUUUUCUGAAGACGAUCGUAGUGCUGGCGUAGAUAUAAGUCGAAACUUUGAUGAAUCUUUCAACGAUUGUGGAAUAAUACUAAACGGCUUCGAUCACAAUUAUCCUGGUAAAAAACCGUUCUCUGAGAGCGAGACGUCGUUCAUAUUGGACGUACUGAACAAAUACAAAAAUAAGUUGAGAGCGUACGUGUCCAUACGACGCGACGGCCAUGCGUUGCUGUAUCCUUUCGCCAGCGUUAACAGCAGUGCCGUCGAAACUGAUAAGUUGAGGGAAAAGGCAGCAGAAAUCAUUUCGAAAGUUAAUCAUAAAUACGGUUUUAUUGAAUACUUGACCAAUUCCUCCAUAAUUGAAAUGAAUAGAAAGCCCGUCUGCGGUCAUAGCGUGGACUUUGUCUACAUGAAGUACAACAUGCCUUACGCUUACGAAAUGCGCGUUUUUCUCGAGAGCGAUCAUAAAAUAAUGACAAAAUUCCAAAGUCUACCCCGCGGCUAUGAUAUCACACUUAGAAACGGAUACUUUGCCGUUAUAAAAGAGUUGUAUAACAUAGUCAUCGAGGAGCAUAGAAACAGAACUUAUCUGCGUACUUCAAACGAAUAAUCUAAGAACUAUAGCUCAAAGUAUUGUACUCUUUCCCUCUCACGGUUUGUACUAUAUGAUCGGUUAAUGGGCGGUUAUUACGGAAGCAGAUGAAAUUUUAUAGAGUAUGAGACCAAGGAAAUCUUAAGAUCUCGGAAAAGCUCGAAG